CUUAUGGUGUUUUUUUAAAUGAUACAAUUUAACCAUCAAACCCUUUUCAACAAUUUUAUCAUGAUACGUAAUGAGAAUUCUCUUGUUAUGGACAUUGGCCUACUGGCUAACGUAUCUAUAGAACUUAAAGAUCGAAUAUGUGCAGACACUUUUCGAAAGCUCCAAAAACGAACCAACCGAGAGCUGUUCACUGUCGAUUGUGAAGUGGACAGAGUCCUUAGAAAUGAAUCUUACAUAAGAUCAAGACUAUAUUCUGCGAUUGAUGCCUGUCAACUGGAUUACAAACGAAGUAUGAAGAUCAGAAACAUUCUGUGGAAUAAGAAGUUAUUAUCCUCCUUAAAUCAGAAAACACAAAAGCCCCUAGAUGAAAGUUUCAGACUCCGAAAGACGAAGACAAAGCCCACCUAUGACAGUUUUUGUAAUAGUCAACAUAUGCAGAACUAUCAGUCGAAUACGGUUGUUCAGUCGGCUUCACCAAGUCUAACAUCAGACCAACAACUUACCGUGAACAUGAAAAGUGGUCAAAAAUUAAAUACUUCCCGAGAUUUCAAACUAGAGAAAAACGAAAUUUUUCUGAACAAUUAUAAUACAAGGUAUAAGUCCGAAAGUGUAAUUACUAGGCCCAAAGAGAAAGGAAAUUUUUUAACCCAGUGGCGUCCUGAAUCUGAUCCGUUGGGCUGGAGGGACAUACAAUUUACAACUAUUGAUAGUGAAGCCAGAGGAAAGAGCAGGAACCGAUUAUGUGGAGCAUUUAACGCAACAUCGUUCCAGCUAAUCUAUGCACAAUAAACUUGGUCUUAAUAAAUAACUUUCACAAUGAAACAUGCUUUCUGUUUUAAACGUUAUGAAGUAAAACCCG